AGAGGAUUUUCCUUUUCCUAGACACGGUUCAAAGGGCUUCUGUUUUGUAAUCUGUUUUCGAGAUCUGAUGCGUGUGCUUCUACCACUCCGUCAUGUGAGGGCUGACGUGGUCACCCAACACGACGAUGAGAAAAUGUGCUUCGGCGGUGUGUGUGGGAUGGUGCAGCCGCUCGCCGGGGCAGUGUUCUUUGUCGGGAAAUUCUGUGCAGGGAACAGCCGGCCCGCGCAGUAGGGCCCACAUGGACAUGGGCCCCACGCUGGCCUAGUAUGGACCGUGAGUUUGAGUUCUGCAGGAUUCCAGAUGACAGUCAUGUCCCUUUCCAGGGACUUCAAGGACGACUUUCACAGUGACACAGUGCUCUCCAUCUUAAAUGAGCAGCGCAUCCGGGGCAUUUUAUGUGACGUCACCAUCAUCGUGGAAGAUACCAAAUUCAAAGCCCACAGCAAUGUCCUGGCUGCCUCAAGCCUUUAUUUCAAAAACAUCUUUUGGAGCCAUACCAUCUGCAUUUCCAGCCACGUCCUGGAGCUGGACGAUCUCAAAGCUGAAGUGUUUACAGAAAUCCUCAAUUAUAUCUACAGCUCCACGGUUGUCGUCAAGAGGCAGGAAACAGUCACUGAUCUCGCCGCUGCGGGGAAAAAGCUGGGGAUCUCAUUCUUGGAAGAUCUCACGGAUCGCAGCUUCUCCAAUUCGCCGGGUCCCUACGUCUUCUGCAUCACCGAAAAGGGAGUGGUUAAGGAAGAAAAAAAUGAAAAAAGGCACGAAGAACCCGCCAUCACUAACGGGCCCAGGAUCACAAAUGCCUUUUCCAUCAUCGAAACCGAAAAUAGCAAUAGCAUGUUUUCUCCACUGGACCUGAGGGCAAGUUUCAAAAAGGUCUCCGACUCCCUGAGGACGAGUAGCCUUUGCCUGGAGAGGCCCGACGUCUGCCACGAGGCCGAGCCUGUCCGCACCCUGGCCGAGCACUCCUACGCGGUUUCUUCCAUCGCCGAGGCUUACCGAAGUCAGCCCGCACACGACCGCGACAGCAGUUCGCCCGGUCAGACAGGGAAGGAGAAUGGCGAAGCUCUCGCAGCAAAACCGAAAACGUGCCGAAAACCAAAGACGUCCUCCAUGCCCCAGAGCUCUGAUCCCACCACGGAGAACGGGCCACCCCCUCCAGUGACCAACUCCAGCUCGGAGGUGAACCAGGAACAAGGCCCACAGCCAGCUGCAGUUCUUUCUCAUGCAAAAUCUUCCAACAAUGAAGGAGAUGUCCAUUUUCCCAGGGAGGCUGAAAACCUCCAACCUCCGGAAGUUCCCGGGCCACCGGCAGCCGAGGUCCCGGCCCUCGUUUACAAUUGUAGCUGUUGUUCCAAAUCCUUCGACAGCAGUGCCCUGCUCGGUGCACACAUGCAGCUUCACAAGCCCACGCAGGAGCCGUUAGUGUGCAAAUAUUGCAACAAACAGUUCACCACCCUCAACAGGUUGGAUCGGCACGAACAGAUCUGUAUGAGGUCGAGCCACUUGCCCGUUCCCGGAGGAAACCAACAUUUUUUAGAAAACUAUCCCACCAUUGGACAAAAUGGAGGUUCGUUCACAAGUCCUGCACCUCUAUUAUCUGAAAAUAGGAUUGGCGAAUUUUCCAGCACUGGAAGUACCUUGCCAGACACGGACCACAUGGUUAAAUUUGUUAACGGGCAGAUGCUGUACAGUUGCGUGGUGUGCAAACGGAGUUACGUGACUCUAUCCAGCCUCCGGAGACACGCAAAUGUUCACUCGUGGAGAAGAACAUACCCUUGCCAUUACUGCAACAAAGUGUUUGCCUUGGCCGAGUACAGGACAAGACACGAAAUUUGGCAUACGGGAGAAAGACGGUACCAGUGCAUUUUCUGUCUUGAAACUUUCAUGACCUACUAUAUCCUGAAAAAUCAUCAGAAGUCUUUCCAUGCCAUAGAUCACAGGCUCUCCAUCAGUAAAAAGACAGCGAAUGGAGGCUUGAAGCCUAGUGUGUACCCAUAUAAACUGUACAGGCUGCUGCCUAUGAAAUGCAAGAGAGCUCCUUAUAAGAGCUACCGAAAUUCUUCCUAUGAAAAUGCCCGAGAAAACAGUCAAAUGCACGAGUCUGCACCUGGUACCUACGUUGUUCAGAAUCCACACAGCUCUGAACUGCCUACGCUGAAUUUCCAGGACAGCGUGAAUACCACCUUGACCAGUAGUCCAGCCGUCCCACUGGACACAUCUGCAUGUCAGAACACACCUACUUCCGCCAACAUACACAGUACUGAGGGCUCCAAAUGGGGAGAGGAGACGUUGAAAAUUGACCUCGACAAUAACUUUUAUUCAACCGAGGUGUCAGUUUCUUCCACUGAAAAUGCAGUGAGUUCUGACGUCCAGGCAGGGGAGGUACCUGUUCUGUCUCUGAGUAACGGCAGUGAGAACUCAGCCUCUGUGAUCAGCUACAGUGGCUCAGCUCCCUCGGUCAUUGUGCACAGCAGUCAGUUUUCAUCCGUGAUAAUGCAUAGCAACGCCAUUGCUACCAUGAGCAGGAGUCAUCCCACAGCCCCUUCAGACCUAGCUGCCGGUCAGUCCCUGAAAGACGAUGGCAAACCUGAGCCAGACAAAGUGGGGAGGUUUACGACCAGACCCAAAGGCAUUAAAGAGAAAAAGAAGACUCUACCAUAUAACAAGGGAGAAAUACCGGAGGAGUCAAAAUGCGUCACUGAUCCUGGAGAGUCAUUGAGCAAAACCACAAGUACGGCUGAAGAAACCAGUAAAAUCGAAACCUACAUUGCGAAACCUGCAUUGCCUGGAACUUCCACAAAUAGCAACGUUGCCCCCCUUUGCCAAAUAACAGUGAAAAUCGGGAAUGAAGCCAUUGUGAAAAGGCACAUCCUCGGAUCUAAGUUGUUUUAUAAGAGAGGGAGAAGACCCAAGCAUCAAAUGCAGGAAGAGACAUUGCCACAGGAGAGUGACCCAGAAGCCAAUGCCGAGAGCCCACUCGAGCUUUGCCAGUCUGAGUGCGUGGAGAUGAGCGAAGUCUUCGAUGAGGCAAGUGACCAGGAUUCCACCGACAAACCAUGGCGCCCUUACUACAACUACAAACCCAAAAAGAAAUCCAGACAGCUGAGAAAAAUGAGGAAAGUCAACUGGAGGAAAGAGCACGGGAACAAGAGCCCAAGCAAUAAGUGUAAAUACCCCGCAGAACUAGACUGUGCCGUGGGGAAGGCUCCUCAGGAGAAGGCCUCUGAGGAGGAAGAAAAUAAAGAGAUGCCCAAGCUGCAGUGCGAACUCUGCGAUGGAGACAAGGCAUCAGGGGCUGAAAACCCAGGAAGGCCCCACCGGCAUGUCACGUCGAGGCCUUACAUUUGUGAGCUCUGCACCAAGCAGUUCCAGAGCCCUUCCACACUCAAAAUGCACAUGAGGUGUCAUACUGGAGAGAAGCCAUACCAGUGCAAGACCUGUGGGCGGUGCUUCUCGGUGCAAGGGAACUUACAGAAGCACGAACGCAUCCACCUGGGCGUGAAGGAGUUCAUCUGUCAGUAUUGCAACAAGGCGUUCACGUUGAACGAGACCCUCAAAAUCCACGAGAGAAUCCACACCGGCGAGAAGCGCUACCAUUGUCAGUUCUGCUUUCAGAGUUUUUUGUAUCUCUCCACCAAAAGGAAUCACGAGCAGAGGCAUGUCCGGGAGCAUAACGGGAAGGGCCACGCCUGCUUCCAGUGCCCCAAAAUUUGUAAGACUGCUGCUGCCCUCGGAAUGCACCAGAAGAAACACUUGUUCAAAAGUCCAGGUCAGCAGGUGAAGACGGGUGACCCGUGCCACGAAAACUCGAAUCCCUCGGAGACUCCGCCUUUCAUCGAUGGGGAAGACAAUGACCAAAAGGAUCACGUACAAACCAUUGUCGGAAAUGUCCUUUGAGUAGGAAUAGUUACAAACAUCUUCCAAAAUAUCGGUUGGUGUGGGUUUUUUUUUUUUUUUAAGUGUGUUUUUUCAUUUCGUUUUGUUUUGUUCUCAUACCCGUCAUGAAGCAGUGAAAUGUUUGCUUUUUUUCUUUUUUUAAUCUCAUGUGUAAAAAAUUCCAGAAAAAGGAUCCUAAUAUCUACUUUGGGUUUUAGCAUUAACUUUAUGCAAAAUGCACACACACACACACACACACACACACACACACACACAAAUAGCUGAACCCUUCAAUAUCCUAAAUAUCUCAUGAAAGUUCAUAAAAUUCUGAGCUGUGGUAUUUCUACCAGUGGAAAAAAGGAGUUUAAUUUUAGCCUAACUUAAAACUUUCUAGUAAAUGCUGAACUGUCUUUAGUCACUGGAGAAAAUAAGAGUCAAAUAUCAUGAAGAUGGCAUGUUCGAAAUGUGUUCAGUGGUAAACAAGUAUUCCCAUCCUUUAUUUCUGCGCUAUUGAGAUUUGUUUAAGUCAAUGGAUACAUAGGAGACAAUAUAAUCGAAAAUAUGUGUGUGAUGAGUAACCUGCAGUAGGACAUGCAUUUGUGCUCUAAGACUACUCUUCUGCAACACAAACCUUGUAAAUUACAUAUAUAUAAGUCACUAUAACUUUGUACUGUUUGUAUCCCCUAUAGAGAAUUAUGAUGAGCAGUAGAUCUGCAAAUAACGAGGACUAAUGUAAAAAGCCAGUAGAAAGCAUUUUGAGUAUGACUUAAGAGCAUGCGUAUGCUUUUAGAUGGAGUGCUGUUCUCUUAAAGUUACGGCUAAGCUGUCGUCAGAACUGGUGUACUCAAGUCACAGAAAACCUAGGUCAUGCCUUAUCUAGGGGAGAAAUGUACCUGUGAUUACCUGUCCUGUAUAUUACUUUCCAAUGGCUUCACCCCAGAGAAUGAAGAAGGGUCAGAUUCUUCUGAAACUCUCUGCAGUCUUCCAGCCAUCCCAAGGUCAUGGAUCUGGGGAGUUUAUCCCAGACAGACUUCCGGGAUCUGACAUCUCCCAUCCCACUGAUGGAAGGGCCAGGAGAUUUAUCACAAGGCGCACAUGUAGUACUGAAUCCCCGGGCAUUUGAGAGUGACAGAAAGCCUGAUCCCUACAAUUACUGGUCUUCUUGGAGACAAUGCAGCAGCCCACAAGUACCUUCUACUAUAAAAGAAAAGGGCUGCAAGACUCCCCGGGGACCCCACCCUUCCCAUGAAUGACUUGCAUGGGCAAGAGGAAGGGGCAGCCUUCCUUGUCUCAGUGGUAGCUCUGUUUGUAGGGGGGGGUGCAGCGGGAAGGUAGGAUAUGGAGUGAUGAGGUUCCACUCCUUACUUGGGUCCCUCAAAAAGAGACACACAGAGCCAGACACUUCGUCUUCCUAUUUGCGGACACCUAGCCCCUUGCUAGAGCCCACUUACGUUCUUAAAUGUUCUUUAACACUAACCUACACCUAAACAUGGUCCUCAAAAUCUAACUUCCCUAUAGAAUAGUCUAUCAUGUGGGCUAGGUUCCUGGAAAGCAGGAAGUCAGGAGUCUUUAAAAACUGCCAGACUAGGAAGGAGAGAGAAAACAGUCCUACCUACCUUUCGAUCACCGGUAUGAGCAGAAUUUGGAACCCACUUCAGGGGUGACCCGCAGCCACUUAGGUUCAUUGGAUUUGAUAAACUCAAGGUCAUCCAAAGCCGGAAAGUUAUCAUUAUGAAGAAGUGGCUCAAAGGACUACAGUUUGUCUCCACAAGUGUUUCAGUGUCUCUGUAAAGAAGACUUAGUAUGGAUCCGGGUGGGCAAGAAAGCGUUUACACACCCAGAAAAGGACAUGAUGGAAGUUGACCUUUUUAUACCGUAGAACUUGCCGUUAAGGAGCCCCAAUAUUGUAUGUGCGUUUAUCGUUUGUUCAUCCACAUUCACUUCCAUACAGUGUUACAUGGUAGCGGAAAACGAGAACAGUGAAUUCGCCUUUCCUUUCGACAUUGUGUAUAUGUCUAACUGCACUCUCCAUUUGGGUUUUGUUAAAGAGAUCAUCGCGAAGGGCUGAUGGAAAUUAUUUUUCACUCGACAAUUAGAAUCCUGACUAAGCAAUCCCGUGACCCACUCCUUUGUUUGAUCUCAGUUAGGGUCACGAAUCCAGGAGAACUACUGCCUCUGUUAGUUGUUUCGAUCUGAGGUAACUCCAAAUUUACAGUGAGUCCGUGUAGUAAUGUCCCCUGGCCUAUACGUGUGCAGAUUUUCUAAGUGGACUUGUACGCUGAUAAUUCUAGACCAAAGUAAAUAUGGCAGAAUAUUUAUACAUGAAAAAAUAAUUUUGCAAAUAUUUUCUACAAUUGUAUUAUUCGUUUAAAAUGUUGAUAGCUUGUGUUAGUUUCAGGGAGGGGGUGUAUAUUUUGAUAAAAAAAAAAUACUUGACUUUGUAAUUCUGUAUAUUCUAUACAAUUUAUAGCAAAGCCGUUUUAAGACAGCCUCGUCACUUUUUCUUUCUUUUCU